ACCAACUUCCAAGCCAAACCGAGCUUCAGCCCAUCAGGAUGAAAUGUUCAGGCUCGAAAAAGGCAAGCAGCAACGAGAUCGAUCCCCGGAUCCGCGAGCAUGUUGCCAGCAAGCUUGGUGGAGAAACUGGAUUCAGGCUGAAGUUCUUCGUUUUGUUUCAAGGGACUCAACAUAUGAAGGAUAGCUUGACCUGCUUCAGACAGUUUUCCCAGUAUUUGUUGUCGACUCCUGAUGCGAAUUUAGAAAGAAAUCUCAAUGCGAAGGUCGUUAUAUCCCAAAAACGAGGAUCCGGUGGUAAUUAUCGAAGAUUCCGACUCGGAUUGCAUGGAAAUAGAAUAGAUGCUGUGCUUCACGGCUAUCUUGUCCUAUUAUUCCACUGAUGGGUUUUCUUUGGGAUAGGUAUCUUGUUUCGGGGGUAUUUUUCCACUUCGAUGCUUGAGACGAAUUCCUUGAUAGUUAGAUUACGUAUGCUCUUAGAAAUUUGCUUCUUCGGUUCUUGGGAAACUUUGCGCUUCAAAUGACAGCGGGAA